GCCAUCAAACUUUACAACUCCUUCCUGGAGUGUCAGACACCCUGAGCCAAUAGGCUGGUUCUGGACUUAAUUUCCCACUUGGCAUGAUUAACAUUAUUAUUUAAUUAUCUAUGGUUCUAUAUUGCUAUAUUUCUUCAGUAUUCUUAGUGGUGCGGCUGUAACGAAACCCAAUUUCCCUCAGGAUCAAUAAAGUAUGUCUGUCUGUCUGAUUCCCUGACUGCAAAUCAUCGCUUUUCCGCAAGAGACGCCACGGCGCCCGUUCCCCGGCUGCAAUUCCCGGGACUGUCGCCAGGUGUCGUCACGGCGUAGUUUCUGCGGCUGCAGUUCCCAGAGCCGCCGCCAGAUGUCGCCCGGCACGGAGGCUCAGUCUCUGAGCCCGGUUUCCGAGGCCGGAGUCGAUUUCUCGUCAAUCCUUUUGCUUAGGCCCUGGAUCCUUCUCCAUCCGCCUCCAUCGGGCUGUCUUUCGGCGCCGAUCCCCGUUUCCCGUUGUAGUUGAGGCUGCGGAAGCCCUGGGAACGAGCCGAGGUUGGUGUUUCUGAGUGAGCGGCACGUUCUCAGCGGUGCUGAAAACAACCAGGGUACUCGAUGACAUUCCAGCGCGAUGUCAGAGCGUUUGGGGCCAACUACCAAGGGGAAGGAUGGAAAAGCGAAGUACUCCUCCCUCAGUCUGUUUGAUAAAUAUAAAGGAAAGUCUUUAGAAACCCAGAAACAUUCAGGAGUUGUUCCUCGACAUGGCUUGCAAAGUCUUGGUAAAGUGGCUGCUGCUCGGCGCAUGCCACCGCCUGCAAAUCUUCCCAGCUUGAAGGCUGAAAACAAAGGAAACGAUCCAAACGUGACAAUUGUACCAAAAGACGGAACAGGAUGGGCAAGCAAACAGGAGCAGCCGGACCAAAAGAAUACCAGUGUAUCAGCAGCACAGCAGCCGGAGUCGCUGUCACAGCCAGUUUCACAGACGUCUGCCUCCAAUGUGGCAAAAGCAGCUCCAGUCCAAGAGAGCACAAAUUCAACACAAGGUGGAGUAAAGUCGUGGGCACAAUUAAAAGCAAAGCCAGUAGGACCAGGGCCUGGAGCUGGCACAAAGGGAUUAAACAAGCAGUUACCAUUCUCUCACGAGGAAUUUCCAACACUGAAAGCAGCUGGAGACCAGGAAAAGGCUGGAAAAGAAAAGGACACCACAGAUCAGUCAUAUGGGCCAGGACCAAGCCUCCGCCCACAAAAUGUAGCUAUUUGGAGGGAGGGUGGUGGUCGAAACCUAAACCCCACAGCAGCAUCAACUAUAUCACCACCAGAGAUGGAAGCCAAAAGCUCAGGCCAAGAUGAACCGGUAAAUGUGCCAGUGUCAUCAAGCGAGCCAAAAGAACCUUCCCUACGGCCUGCUACUCCACUGAGGAGAGGAUCAGGAAUGUUGCAGACUGGGUCUCACCAGUUCCCACCUACCUACCGUGAUAUGCUGCCUACAUUUAUGUGCCCACCACAAUCACAACCUCAGUCUACCCCUGUACUUGGUCCACAAGGGUCUUUACAGUACCCGUUCCAGCCACCUGAGCCAAUAAAAUAUCCCCGUGGAGUUUCUCGUUCUGUUCGCCCAGUUAGGCCUGCUCGGCGACCUGGUGAGCCUGCUGACCGACCUGCCAUCAUUAAUCCUGAUGAUCUGAAAGAACUGGAUCAGCUGGAUAUUGAAACAGAAGAUGGUUGGGCAGGUGAACACGAGGAAGUGGAUUAUUCAGAAAAACUUAAAUUCAGUGAUGACGAUGAUGAAGAGGUCUCAAGAGAGAGGAAAGAAAAAUGGGAAAGGGAUAUGAAAGUGGUACGCCAACGCUCUUUAACUGCUAAGCUUGAAGCAAAGGUGGAACCCUCCAUUUGUAGUGAAUCCAUUUGGGGCAACGCAUUAUCUUCCAACCAACCAAGCCAUGGGUUUCAAGAUGUUGAGCCACGUUGGAGCUUGAAUACUGCUGAGACAAGGACUGGCGUCUUCCAAAAACUGACAGGAGCUAAUAGGUGGGCAGAUUCUCAUGUUGAGAAAGACGAAGUUUGGCGACAGAGGCCAAAUUCUGGUACCAAUGAACGUUCUGAGGCAUUGGAGCGAGUCAGGAGGAGGCGUGAAGAAGAGGAACGUCGAGCUCAGGAAGAGAGACUAGCUGCUUGUGCUGAGAAAUUAAAGAAACUCGAUCAAAAACGUGGAGUGGUAGAGAACUCUGUUAAGUUUGACAUGCAGAAAAAAGAUGAUGUUGAAACUAAGGAAAGCAAGGACUCUGUACCUCUGUCUACACAGCAGAAGCCCUACACUGAGAACAAGCAGAAUUUACCAAAAGAAAAACGUGAGCUGCCUGUGGAACUCAAUGCCGAGGACAAGGUGAAAAAAGAAGUUCCUGCAGCCACUGCUGAAAGCGAUGAUGAAAACAAUGCACAGGGUAUUGAGCCUGCACCGCCAAUUCAGAACUAUGGCAAGUUCCAUAAGUCUUUGCCGCCUAGGUUUCAACGGCAACAACAGGAACAGCUAUUAAAGAUGCAGCAGAGGCAGCAGCAACAACAUCAACAACAGGGACCUUUAAUUCCACCACCGGUUGCACCACCACAUGCCCACACUCAGAGGCAUGUCUAUCCAAGUCCAGUUGGCCCACCCCCUCCACACAUGCUUGGUUAUGAUCCUCGUUGGAUGAUGAUGCCUUCGUAUAUGGAUCCUCGACUGACCCCUGGGAGAGCACCCAUUGACUUUUACCCAUCGAGUGUUCUUCCCUCUGGAUUGAUGAAGCCAGUGAUGCGCCCCGAUCACUCUGACAAUGUUACUUCAGGAUCUGAGCAGCAAGAGAGGUCCUCAAUAUUGUUACAGGAAAAAAGAACUCCACCGGCAGAGCCACAAUUCAGUUGGAGUCAGGACGACUACUCAACUGCUCAAAACAGGGCUUUUAUGUUAAAUUCUCAGGAUGGUGCUGCAGAAGAGAGAGGAACGAGGAAUGAAAGACUUCCCACUCCACCUGUGAGAGCAGAUCCAAUUUCCCAGCAAACCAUGAAGAUACAGAGAGAUCCAUUUGAGGAACAGAUUGAAGAAUAUAGGGUUGCACCAGCAGACAAAUUGCUAAAUAUAGUUCGCUUAGAGUCACAGACUGAGCUAAUUAAAGAUCAAAGACCUGAAGCGGCUCCAAAUAUGUCAGCAGUGCUUGGAAGGGAUGUUCUUUUCCAGCAUCAAACAAAUCCCCCAUUACUUCAUAAAGAACUCUUCUCAUCCGAAUCCGAGCAGGAUGGACUGAAUGGGCCUUCUAGAGACAGCACUGAGCCAACAAAGUGUGUUGAAAAUAUUGAAGAGAUUGUAUCUCAUACCUGGGAUUAUGUGCAUCAGAAAGAGCAUCCUAGCCCAAAGGAUGAUGAACAUGAUGAUACCAGAGAGGAAAAAAGCUUUAGAACUGAAAUAUGGCAAACUGAUAAGUUGUCAAAGAUAGAGUCUAAACCUGCAUCUCAGUGGGAGCCAUUAAAAGGAAACCAUGUUGAUCGUCGUGAGACUGUCGGGAAAAUGAUAGGUAGGAGAUCAGGGCCAAUUAAAAAACCAGUUCUUAAAGACCUCAAGACUGAAAAGAAUGAAGAGGCAGAUAAAGUAAAAUUGGAAUCUUUUCAGAAAACCCUUCAGAAUAAAGUUGAACAGAUAAAGACUGAGGGUAAGGUGGUGAAAUCUAAUGGAAGCAUUGCAACUCCAUCACAAACUGCCAUGUCAUGUUUGAACAUCAGACAUAAAGAACUGUCUGUCUCACCAGUGCCUCCAGCUAAAUUUGACUGGGAAAUAGAGAAACCACAAAGAAAGGAGAAUAAAGCAUGGGAAAUGAGACCAAUGAAUAAAGAGAACAUUGAUUUCCCUCCACCACAGAGGGGAAACUGGAUUGAAGAUGAAGAUCAACAAAAUUUUAGUAAUCGAGGCCAAGGGCGUGUAAGGGGUAGAGGUCGAGGAGAUUUCUCUGGCAGAGUUGGAGAGAUCAGAAGCUCUUACAAUAACAAUUUCAGCAGAGGAAGUCGGCAACAUCCUAAGGAGUACUGUAAUUCAUUAGAAGAUGGACAAAAGAACUCCAACAGACGUCGAAAUGCUAGUGAGACACGCAGUGAAGGGUCUGAAUAUGAAGAUAUACCAAAGCGGCGGAGGCACAGGGGGUCUGGAACUGGCAAUGAUGCCACAAUUGAAUCAACAUAUUCUGACAGAGAGGGUAAAAAUAUGUUCAAAGACCCUCUGAGGAGAUCCAAGAGGAUACCUGAUGGGACUGUCAUUGGUGAAAUGGAAGAUGAAAGAGGACCAUCAAAAAUGUUUGAGAGGGCAUUACCUCCUCGUUUAAGUAACUCUGGGAGAGGGCGCAACUUUGUUCCUCGUGGAAUGCCCUCAAGACAAAACAGAACAGGUAUGUUCAAGCUAAAUGGUACCUAUCAACUAAAUGGAGAUGUUUCAUCUUCCCUGAUGUUGUCUAAAAGGCAGCCUCCAAAGGAAUCUACAAAAGCGCUCAACAGGGCUUUGGAAGUGGCACUAGAAAAUGCUGGAGAGGAAAAUGGAGUGGUUGAUAAACUCUCUUUUUCUGGAACCUCGGCCACAGAAGAUCAGCCACCCAAAAGGGAGCGGUCAAUGGAUAUGCCACCACGAAGAAGGAGACCUCCUCGACAGGACAAGCCUCCACGAUUCAGGAGACUUAAACAAGAAAGAGAUGCAGCCUCUGAGAUAAACAAUGAUGUAUGUGUUCCUGCAGACAAUUAUAUAUCUAGCGUGACUACAAGAACAGAUGAUCAGGAAAUGGCUUCCCGUGUUGCUGGAAAUAAGUCUCCAGAUCUAUCUAACCAAAAUUCCUCGGAUCAAGCAAAUGAGGAGUGGGAAACGGCUUCUGAAAGUAGUGACUUUACUGAGAGAAGAGAUAGAGAGAACAGAACAUCCCUGAAUAACUUGCCUCCUGAGAUAGAUGUGGCAGACACCGGACUUGGGCAGAGAAAAGAGUUGGCUAAACGCAGUUUCUCUAGCCAACGCCCAGUUGAUAGACAAAACCGUCGGGCAAAUCCGGGAUACGGUGGAAAAUCUCCAAAGACGAAUGGAACUGGUCCCAGAAAUGAAAAAGCAUCUGGUCAACCACCAAGAAGCAAACGGUUUGUAGAAGAUCAACUGUGUGAUCAGGUAGCUGUCAAUGGAGGGAAUGUCAACACAGUAUAUUGUAUAGAGCGUGUGGUUCCCAAUGACCCAGCAGCUGUACAAAAUGCAGUGAAGGACGUAUCAAAUAAAAAGAAGGAAAAGGAUGUAAAACCUGGUGUGAAAAAGCCGAAAGAGAAGACUGAUGCUUUGGCUCAGUUUGAUUUAAAUAAUUAUGCAAGUGUUGUCAUUAUUGAUGAUCAUCCAGCUGUAGCUGUGGAGGAACAGCAGUCUGUGUCAACUGUGAAUGAUGGUUUUACUGAAGUAAUCUCAAAAAAGCACCGCCGUUUGCUCGAAGAAGAGCGCAGGAAGAAAGAACAAACUUUGCAGGCACCUGGGAAAAGUAGGAAUGAGAAGAGUUGGACAUCUUCAUCCAAGAUUCCUCCUCGUUUUGUCAAAAAGCAGCUGAUUUCCAAUGCAAUAACUGAACAGACAGAGGAAAGCUUCUCUAAGGUGCAGUCCACAUCCAGCAGUCUAGGAACAGAAAUCUGGGAGAACUCCAGUGCAGCUCUUCCUGUUCAGGCUACCAGCAGUGAUGUUUGGGCGAAACCUUUGAAUACUUACACAGGGUCUGAAUCUACUUGCACUGAAAGUUUCAAGGCAAGUCAACCUGACAGUGGAGUUGAACUCAGUGCUGAUUCUCAAGGUUCAUCUGCAACAUCCUCACAGCGAAGCUCACCGUAUGGCGCUCUGAAGCCAGAGGGAGGAGUAGUGACUGAAGUAAGUGGAGCCAGUGCAGACUCGUCAGUAGAUAAAUCAAAUGGAAAAACAGAAGAUGCGAAAGAACCACGGCAAAAAUCAGAAAGACCAGAGAGCAAGAUUCCAGACCCAGCUGAAGGGCAGAGCAAAGACCACAAACCUGGACCAAUAGGAAAUGAACGAUCUCUGAAAAACAAAAAGGCUAAGGAGUGUCUGGAACCAGAAGGAGCAGAGCGAAGUGAUGGGGGCAUCAAUUCAAAAACUGCAGCUGAUAACAGAGCAAAUUCCAAAACGGGGCUGGAUUUGCACGUAGACUCUGUCAUUCCAGUUCCACCAAUUGAGUUUGGAGUGAGCCCGAAGGAUUCUGAUUUCAAUUUGCCUCAGAACUCCGUGCCGAAUUCUGUUUCCAACUCAAUCACUAAAUUGCAGGAUGUAUUGGUGAACAAUGUGACGCUGAGCCAGUCAAUCCCUAUUCUGCGACGAGAGCAUCUCCAGCAGGGUCCCAAUCUCACUCCUGUUUCCAUAUCAAGCACAGACCUUACAUUAAAGAUGGAAUCUGCUCGCAAAGCCUGGGAAAAUUCUCCUAAUGUUGCUGAGCAGAGCUCUCCUGGUAGCAGUAGUGCCAGUACACAGACUCCAUGUAACACUGGCCCACCUAAUGGUGUAGGCUACAGCUCAAUUGGAUGUUCUUCUGUGCCACCUAUGCCCAUGGUGUCAGUUGCACCUUCAGUAUCUUUGCCAGGGAGCCAUAUUUCCCCUUUGUACAUGGAUGGUCAUGUUUUCGCCAGUCAGACCCGCCUCCUUCCUCAAUCAAUUCCACAGCAGCAAAGUUUCCAGGCUGGACUCUCUCAGGCUGCUGCAGCACAUCAGAUUCCAAUGCCCGUACAUACAUCCUUACAGGCCCAGGCACCCCUUGGAUUGAGAAAUGGAUUGCCUGUCUCCCAAUCUCAAGAGAUGUUUGGUUCAAUGCAGCCAUUCAGGUCACAAGUGUAUAUGCAUGCCAGUCUGUCUCAGCCAUCCACAAUGGUCUUGUCCGGGGCUCCUCUGAAAACUCCAUAUACAGCUUUCCCUGCAGUUCCAACCUCCGAUAUGGUAAAGCCACAGCCAGGGUCUCAUUAUCAAGCAAUUGGAGGAAAUCAAACACUCAUGUAUGAAAGUCAACUAAACCAACCUGGGCUCACCACUUCACAGAUCCUAGACUCUCAGCUGAUACAGGUGACCAUGUCCAUGCCUGGAUCCCAGUUGUCGCUACCUAGAUUUGGCUCGGGCCAGCAACAAUUGAUUGCAUUAACGCAGUCCAUCCAGCUUCCCCAGGCACAGAGCAUGAGUGUUGGAGGGACCAGAAGAAUCUUGCCCCCAGGAUCACAACCUCCUAUUUUACCUACUGGCAGAGAGAUUCCACAAAUUGAUCUGAAAGCUUUUCAAUUUGCAGACAACAAACAGAUUUCCUCUGGGAUCUCUGGAGGUCCUGUACCAAACCUCUUCAGACCUAGUUGUUCAAGCCCAAGUGGGAAAACUUCUGGACCCGGACCAGCUGCUAACACAAUGGGCCUAAAUAUUCCCGGAGCUAUCCAGGGCCACUACGCCCAGCAGAUACCACCUCCACCCCAGGGCAACAUGAUCAUGCACAUGAGGCCUCCCAAUGUAGGAACAUACCCAACUCCAAUACAGCGUCCUGUAAUGCAAAUGAACAAAGGGCCCAUUGCACCUUCUAUCACAGUACGCCCGCCUCGAAUGCAUAGCUCCAGUCGAGAAAAUUCUGUGCCAGCAAUUCGCACUUGCAACUCUGAAAGAGGAGAAGAAGAUAUCAAGGCUAAACAGCGGGCAGAGGUGCUACAGUUGACCCAAAAAUUCUUUGAACAGCAUCAGCAGGGGAAGCUUGCUAACCUUACCCAGAAAGUAGAACCAGCCACUUCUAAUGCUGACCAUGGAGAAGAAAGCUCAACCUUAAAUGUAUCAAACAUUCAGGACCCAGCCAGCGAGGCUGUGACACAGGAAAGAGCUCUUUGAACUGGACCAGUUGUACACAUUGGCAUUAAAGCAGAAGAUGGGGAAGCAUAAGGAUCCCCUACAGUUUAAAAAAAAUGAUAUAUAUCUAAAUAUAUAUGUAUAUAAAAAUCAGAAAGGACCCGGGAUAUCUGGAAUGCUAAGACUUCAUUUUUUUUAAAUGCUGUUUCAUUUGCUGCUCAGUCUUUUAAAGCAGAGAGUAAAACUGAUACCAGUGCAAGGUAAUGUGAACUUGAAGUUUUUGUACUUCUCAUUAGAGGAUAAUUAUUAAUUCAGUAUCCACAGUUGAAUUCAGGAUAUGUAUCCAACUUGGGCAAGAGAGUAUCCAUUUGAAACGGUGCAGGAUGGCUGCAUAGAAGAAUUGUACUGAGUUCUGGUUGUUGAUGUGCUGGUUUCCUUUCAUACACAGUAAAUUGCACCUGACGUCACAGCUUUACAGCAUGGUGCAUCAGCUAACUUCUAAAAUCAUUGGUUCUUUUGUGAUGGAGGAAAGAAAUCAGAAAAUUGGAAUAUCUAAAUUAUUUCUGUGACAGACUUGCAGAAAGGCGUAGUUGCUGAAUGUCACUUGAUAAUCGAAUCAUGUUUAUUUUGGCCAUGUUACACUGAAAAAUUGGUUGACCAAGAUGUAGUGCAUUUCAACUUGUGAUUUUCAUAAUGACUGAAAUUGCAGUUCCCACAGUAGUAGUAAUUUUACUUGGAGAAAUUGCAGCUGAAUGCAGUUUUAUUAGUUGUUUGAUGGUUUAUUUCAGUUCAUUUCUGUACACUUAGUAACUGCCACCUAAAUGGUUUGUUAAUUGUUUGCAACUGAAGCUGGUUGGCAACUUUGAUAACGUCUAGAGUUUGACUGGUAAACUUCACUACUUGCAUCAUAUUUUCUCCUUUACAAUCAAAAAUGAGUUAUGAAUAAUGCUGUAUUUCCAAAGUGGCUAAUUGGACCAUUUGAAUUAGACUUUAGCACACAUAUUACUGCCCAAAAUAUAAAUCCUUAUCCAGCACUGUAGUUUCUGUAUGUGCUAAAUGUUGAGAAAAAUUGUUGGUUCUGCAAAGUGAGAAUCCUUUCCUGGAGGAGCAUGACACCAAAAUGGAAUAGGUACUCAUUUGUUAAAAAUAGUACCAUGCUUGCAAGUCAUGACCUGUAUAGUGCAUGUGGGUAAAUAUAAUAAAUGAAUGUGCAUAUGUAAUCAUGCGCAUUGCAAUAACUUAGCAACUUUGGCAUCAAUGUUGUCGGACUACUGCAGGGAGUCCUGUAAGGCUGAACUGUCCUUGACUUUGUUAUUUAGAGUUCUGUACUCCACUGUACAUAGUUCACUAGUAUACAAGUAUAUCAUGAAUGUUGGCCUCCAUUUGUCUAAUGGACUGGAUUCUCUUGAAGAGAUGUGCAUUUCGAAUCCAAGGGUUUAAAUUCUAAGAGUACAUUCUGGUAAAUGACCUUUGACAUUUUACCUGCCAUUAUGUUGGAUCAAAUGUGGGUGGAAGGAUUUAAUUUAGCUUAUUUGCAGUCAUCAGUUACGUUAGUAGAAACAAGUCUGUUUGGCACUAUUGCAGGGUUUGAGUUAGUACUGUAUGUGAUGAUACUGAAUGUGUUGUACGUGGCACAUUCCAGCUGACUGCUGGGUUCACUUCAUUAACAUUCUUAUUGCCAGUGAACUGGUCUAGACAACUACAAGUAUGUGCGUAUGUUAAUUCACCCACACUAAUAUCUUUGCUGAUAGAUUGUUUGUUCAGUUAUUGUGUCUCACACAACUGAACAGGUCCUUUUACUGAGCUCCAGAGCAGUUUUUUCUGUAUCUCCACUUCUCAUUCAGGUUGUUUGCUUUAACAUAAGAGGGUAUAACAACGGUUGUCAUACUAACAUUUCUUCUCUGGGAGUUUCCAAUUCACAAAUUUUGGUAUCACUUUUAUACAUUUGAUUAUAAUUUUCAAAUUUCAUGAAAAUCAGCAAGAUUUAAUCAAAGGUCUCACCAGUUCUUCCUUUGAGGGGAGGGGGUUAUCAUCUCACAUUUUGAAGUAGUCAUUAGUGUUAACAGACAGCUAAUUUAUAUAAAGCAAAACAAUCACCUUGAUAUUUUUAUUGUGUUGUGUAACCUUGACAUCCCAUAACAUUGUGUGAAUUUGUAAGGAAUCCAACAGUGUAGAUCAAUGUUUUACAAAGUUGUGGCAUAAUUUAAGUUGUCUGCAGAUGAUGGAUUUAGAAUUUUCAGUUUGUAUUAUAUAAUUUGUUGGAGAAAUGGGGAGGAAUCAGAUGGGAGACAAUAAUUAUGUGAUUGGAGAAUCUGAAAAGCAAUGAGACAUAGUUUUUAAAACUGAAUUUAAGUAACAACAGGUAUCGUUUUGAUCUCGGGCUCAUCUUGAGUUAGUGUUGAAUGCAAUCUCGCAUUAUUUUCCCAUUUUCCCAUCGAAAGCUCAUAGUCUCUGUCAAGUGAAUGCACUUAUAAUUCUAGCCUGUCAAUGCAGAUAUCAGUUUUUAAACUGCUAAAAUCUUGCCACCAAUUUUUCAAUGUUUAUUAACCUUGAUAACUAUAUGCUGAAGUGAAAUGCAGCGGAGUAAUCAGAGAAAGUAACUGGUACCUCCAGUUACAGUAUCUUUUCAAUGUACUUUGGUAGAAAAGUGACUUGCAUUGUCAAUUUCAAUAAACAACAGAACAUUUAAGAAAGGAAUUAGAGCAAAUGAACAGGAGGGGCAUGGUUGACAAAACUAUUAUUAAAGAACCUAAAGCUAUUCAAACAGCUUCUAGUGUAAAAUAAUACUCUGAAUUGUUCAUUAUCAGGUAUUUAUGUAGCAUUAUGAUUCUUUGUAAAGGUGCCUGCACUUUUAAGAGAUUCAAGUCCACAGCCUGAGAAAUAGAGUUGUCCUCAUUUUGUUUUGUAGUUUCAGAAGGUAGCAAUGCAUCAUGGUGAUCUUUGCCUCUGCAGUUAAAUGAAAGCUUUGUGUACUGACAGAAGUUCAAGUUUUGGUAAAAAGAGGGUAAGGUGUCAAGUGCACAAAGGAACUCUCCAUGAUGACUGUCGUAAAGCUCAUGUUAUCUAAUCAACAUGUGCUUAUAAUCUGAGUGUACCAUUUGCUUUCUUCUGCCAACGAAGCCACAUGCAAACCAAGGUGAGUUUCCAAGGAGUUAGCUGGUGGGCAAAUUUAGAACGUGGAUCUUUGUGACUGUCAACUUGACUAUCUGGUUUUCUGUUAUCUGUCAUUGGUAUUUUAAUCUCUUUACAAAAGUGUGGUGUUCCAUAAUUUUAAGCACUACGCAUGGGCUUAUUUUCUUGAAUACUGUAAGGAUAUGCAACACUUCUAAAGACCUGGCCCUUUAAGCUCCUGCAACCAUAACCCAACUUGCCACCUGAUGGAUGAUUCUCUUUCCCAGCAGUCCCCUAUUGUCUAGUGCUUUUGUUUGACAAUAUUAUAGGCAAGAAGCCUAGCGUUCUCGAGUCUUUUUUCCUACAGGAAUGUUUGCCCCAAUUCAACAGGGCAAACAAAGGAGAAUGGUUUCCUUAUGUACAAAAUGAGAUUUCCUCUUUAAAGAUCAACAAUUUUGCUAUAAAAAUAGAUAUCCCUGUAAUGCAUUUCUCAGAACACUUGUGUAAUCAGUGAAGCAGUCCCACUGGUGAGUUCUUCUGAAUCAAUGGUCUCCUGAACACUACAUUAUUUAAUAUGUACUGAUGUGUUGAAACGUACCAGCAUUGGGUAUGUUUUACAGUGAUCAAUUAUUUAUAUAUUGUCUUGACAACUCUGUGUAAUGGUGGGGCCAAAAGACCUGUGCACGUUUUCAGAAAUUUGUUAAUGUUUAUCUUAAAUAAUCCAUUUGCAAAUGUUCACUUGAGUUUCUUGUUCUCAAGCAUCUGACAGAAACAGUGUACAAUAUUAGGUAGUUACUUUACAUGUUUUAAUUGUAGUUUUGAAUGUAUAGUGUACAGUGGCUCAUUUAAUAAGAGGCAGUAAUUUUGAAAUUGAAGAAAACAUAUCCAAGAUUAUCUGGAGAGUGCAGUUGUCAAGAUUUAGGUAAGAAAUCCCCUCAAACUGCCUAAAUUUUAUUGUUAAGUUGUCCUUUGCAGUGCGCAUGCCCGGCAUGAUUUUAAUUGAUGCAGAAUCACUUUCAACUUUGUCAUUAUUUGCCCCUGCUAUGGAGAUGAUCGUUUUAAUUUAUCAAUUGAUUGAGUUUAUAUUUUUUUUGGUCAAAAAUGUGUGUUCAACUUGGUAGGCAGAAAUAUACUAAGGAUGCCUUUUUUGUUCAUAACUAAUAAAAUUCAUAUCAAAACCUGUUGUGCUGUGGGAGUGGGGAAUCAGAGGCUUUUUUUUACAUCAUGUAUUUUAAAGUGUAUUUUUUGAGUAUAUCUUCUGAACCAUGCAACUCAAUACCUUUUUAUAUUUUUUUAUAAAUGUUACACUUCUAUUUCAAGAAGAGUUAAAAGCUCUGAAAGCGUACCUUAACACAUUUACCAUUUUUUUUUGUUUGUAACCAGAAACGUGCAUAAUAGUCUUUUGGCCUUAUCUGUUGUGUUUUCGUGUAGAUUUGAUAUUUGAAAGGGCAGAUAGUGGAUAUGUGUACACUGAGGAGUUAUUUAUUAAUGAGGCUGAACUGGUUGGGUGGGUGUUAGCCUCUGGUUUACAGUUCAGUACCUAUUGUUUGUCCUUUCAAAUAUGUGAUUUGUAAUAGCUCUUUCCAUAUGAAAGGAUCUGGUUUAUUUAAAUAAAGCAGCUGAUGCUUUUUUCACUUGACCAAAUAAAGUGUUAACUUUUUUUUC